AGCCGAAGUUGGAGGAGACCCCAAGGCAGUCGCAAAGGAAGGGAGGGAGCUUUGCUGGCCCGGGCAUUUGGGAGACCCACCCCGCGCGGGAGUAAAAGAGAAGAGAAAGAGAAAGCGAGAGAAGAAAAGGCGGCGCCUCAUCACGGUCGCCCGCCUGCUCGGCCUCUUCUCCCCCCUCCCCUUCCUGUCUCUGCGUCGCGUUGCGGUUGUGCGCACACCUGGUCGUUCUCGGUUUCCUCUCCUGCGGUUCUGCCCAGUCCUCACGGCUUCCUUUUUCUUCCGGGCCACUCUCCGCCCUCUUCCUUGCUGCGCUCGCCCUUCCUGCGCAUUGCUCCUCUGUUCCCCCCGUCGGUCCGUUCCUGAGCGCAGCCGCUUCGCGUCCCCUUGAUUCCACCCACUGCCUAAUAUGCGUCCGUCGCGGCGGCGGCGGUUGGUGCUGUGAGCGACUAGCGGCGGGACAAGGGGAAGGGAUUCCGUCGUGCUGUGCGAAGGCCUCAGGAGCCGCCGGCAUUGUGCAUGGAGGGUGAGGAGGACGGUUCCGGCUCCGCGGUGCAGCGCCCGCCUCCGCAGCAGCAGCAGAUACGGGUGGUGCGCUGCCCCAAGUGCGACAAGCUCCUGCCUGAGCUGCCCAAUUACUCCGUCUACGUCUGCGGCGGUUGCGGCGCCACGCUCCAGGCAAAGAAGAACUCAGGAUCAGAUACUUCUUCAGAUAAAUCUGAUACUGCUGAGCAUGUGAAGUACCUUGAAGUGCUCGAGAGUUUACCAGAUAAGAAAGGAGUAGCGUCUGAAGCUAGCUGUGCUGUUCGAGAAGCAGAGACCAAUAAAAUCGAAGCUGGGUCAGAAGAGAGGUUUGUACCCAGCUGCUGCACCAUGAAGCUUGAACCUGCACUCGGAGAUGACAGCAGGGAAGUCCGGGAGGCAAAAUACCGGCGCAUUCGUCAUGAAGGGAAAGGAGAAGCAAAGCAGCCAGCGACAGCAAGAGACAGAUCACCAAGGCCUGUGGUUAACAGCAUCCCUUCUAAUGCUGACCCUGUAGAAGGGCCAUUUGAGUGCCAUAUGAGACCGGGAUUCAUAUACGCUAACGGCGAGAAGGGCCAUCUGAGUGACAGGAAUUUUGAUGAUCCUAGCACCAGAGUCAGUGGCCUGGAGAAAGAUCGUACUGAGCUUCUGCGGAUGCUUGAUGAGUUGCGGGACAAGGUACAGAGAUCCUGCGAGAUUGCUGACAAGUCAAGUGUGAAUGCUUCGACAAAUAGAAUGGUUAAUCCUACAAGCUCCUGCAUUCCUCAUGAGCGUCUGAGUCGAUUGCGGUAUGGUUCACCUCAGCUGCAACGGAAUGGGUCUCAGCACUCACCUUCUUUGAAUGGGCAGACACCUGGUGUUCCUCCUGCUUUUCCUUCAUUAUCUGUACAGCAAGAUCUCCAUGGAUACGGGGAAUCGGUUGCACACACGGGAGCUCCUAUCUACCCAGCUGCCCCAUAUCCAUGGAGAAACUUCGAUAAUUAUUUCCAAGGACAUUAUGAUCCUGACCCUCUGAUCUCUUAUCACCAUGAUGGCUUCUACCAUCAGCCUGCUUGCUCUUGCUUACAUUGUUACCAUCGUGAAUUCUUACCUGUUCGAAGGGCACCCUAUCUUAUGAACAAUCCUAGCUUGUACCAUGCAGAAGGCCCAGUGAUGUUUGGUGCACAGAACUACAAUACAAGAGGCAUGAAUGGUAUGAUGCGACGCAGUCACAUGAGGGCCACCCUGAGUAAAAAACCUGCACAGACUUGUGAACCGAUUGUCAAUGGCGCUCCUUUUACUAUUUGCUACAAUUGCUAUGAAGUGCUGCAGCUUCCCAAGAACUCUCUCUUGUUGGGAAAAGAUGAGUAUAAGCUGCGUUGUGGGUCAUGCUCACAUGCAAUUGUGGUCAGACUUGAUGGAAGCAGGCUUGAUGUUUCAGCACCUACACCAGUUUCACACUUAUCACCUGGAAGUAAGAACUACUACAACAAUGGCCAAGCAAACAAUGGACAAAAUGCUGAUGAGAGACUUCUUCCAUCCUAUAGUUUUUCUGCAGGCAGUCAUUGCUCUCAAGAAAAAGAUUUACCCUCGAACUCAAGCGAACCAGACAAAACGCAAUGCAUAUCUUCUGCCAGCAUUUCCGAGGAUGAUAAUAGCCCAGCUAGAUCGAAUUCACAGAAGAACUCCUCUGGUUCUAGAGACGUUCCUCAUGAUGCUGAAGUGGUUAUCCGCGUUCCAACUUUACCUCUUCGUGAUCAUUUUGGAUAUUCUCCAUCAGAUAGGGUGGUUGAUGGGCCAGGCAAAGGAAGCAGAAGCACCCGGUCCGAACAUGAAAAGGGUGUGUUAACUGAAAGUUUUAAGCCAAACAAAGUGAAAUGUGUACCUGUAGCAAGCGUGCUAGACCCGUCGGACGACGAGUAUGAUGAUCCUGAGCACAGUCAAGAUCCAGGUGGUGGGGCACAAUACGUCGACCACCUGCGGGCCACGAAAUCGGGUGAUUCCUUUUUCUCCAGCCUCAUAAAGAAGAGCUUUAAAAUCAAUGGUGGAAUGGGCAAUGGCAGAGCAAAUGUUUUCAUCAAUGGCUAUCCCAUUUCUGACCGAGCUGUCAGGAAGGCGGAGAAGAUUGCUGGACCAGUCUACCCGGGUGAAUACUGGUAUGACUACCGUGCUGGAUUCUGGGGUGUUAUGGGACAGCCCUGCCUUGGCAUCAUACCCCCAUAUGUUGCGGAAUUCAACUAUCCCAUGCCUAAGAACUGUGCUGGAGGAAAUACUGGUGUGUUCAUCAAUGGCCGAGAACUUCACCAGAAGGACAUGGACUUACUUGUGGGUCGAGGGCUUCCCGAUUCUCCUGAUAGAUCAUACAGAGUUGAGAUUUCUGGUAAAGUAUCCGACGAAGUAUCUGGUGAAGAGCUUUAUUGCCUUGGCAAACUCGCACCAACGGUGGAGAAGAUGAAGCGCGGGUUCGGGAUGCGAGUCCCAAGGAUCAUUCAGUGAAGUUGGUUCACAUCGAGAAGCAGAGGCUCUGAAAGUUGUGUGCCACUACGCCUUUGUGGUAUCCAUUGCUAAUGUAACCCUGCCUGGAAUACUUGCAUCUGUCGCAGUGGUUGUUUUGAUCGAGUGUGUCUUGGUGUGGCCAUGUAAUUUUGUCUGUACAACAUGCCGGAUAGGUUUGCUUGGGGUUUAAUAAAAAUGGGUGGGUCC